CGAGCCCGGCAGCAGCAGCAGCCCCGAGCAGCAGCAUCGGCAGGAGCCGCCUCAGCCAUCCGAGCAGCCGCCACAGCAGUAGGAGCAGCCCCAGCCGGCCCCGGUCCCCCUCCGCGCCGCUCUCUCCGUCCCCGGGGCUCGGCGAUCCCGCUCCAUCCCGGCCGGAGCCCGGCGGGACCAUCUCCCCCUCCUGCCAGCAUGAGCAAGGGCGGAGGACUCUCGGGAGAAGCAGGAAAGCAAAUGACUGAAUCUUUCAAGGCUUCUGACUUGGUUAUCACCCCGGCCACGACAUUCAAGGAGAAGCCAGACCCCACUGGUCUGGUGUUUGGAACUGUGUUCACUGACAAUAUGCUGACAAUUGAAUGGUCCUUGGCUUCAGGAUGGGAGAAACCCUGCAUCAGGCCUCUAGAGAACCUCUCCAUACAUCCAGCUGCCUCAGCCCUGCACUAUGCUGUAGAACUGUUCGAAGGGAUGAAGGCGUACCGAGGAGUGGAUGGCAAAAUCCGCCUGUUCCGGCCCACCCUCAACAUGGACAGGAUGGUACGGUCAGCACUGAGGACAACCCUGCCAACUUUUGACCAGAAGGAGCUGUUGGAGUGCAUCCGUAAGCUUGUGGAGCUGGAGCAGGAGUGGGUGCCCUACUCAACCGAUGCCAGCCUCUACAUCCGUCCUACCCUCAUUGGAACUGAGCCUUCCCUUGGAGUGAAGAAGCCAUCUAAAGCCCUGCUGUAUGUCAUUCUGAGCCCUGUGGGCCCUUACUUUGCAAGUGGAACCUUUAAUCCAAUAUCCUUGUGGGCAGAUCCAAAGUAUGUGAGAGCGUGGAAAGGGGGAACAGGAGACUGCAAGGUGGGAGGGAAUUAUGGUUCUUCUAUUUAUGCCCAGCAAGAAGCUGUGGAGUUGGGCUGCCAGCAGGUUUUGUGGCUCUAUGGAGAAGAUCACCAAAUAACUGAAGUUGGAACAAUGAAUCUCUUUCUCUACUGGAUAAAUGAAAAGGGAGAAAAUGAGCUGGCCACGCCACCUUUAGAUGGCAUCAUCCUUCCAGGAGUGACAAGGCAGAGCAUUUUGGAACUGGCACGCAGCUGGGGAGAAUUCAAAGUGUCUGAGCGAUACAUCACCAUGAGUGACCUGACCGCUGCCUUGGAAAAGAACAGAGUGAAGGAGAUGUUUGGUGCUGGAACAGCCUGCAUUGUAUGUCCCAUCUCCAAAAUUUUAUAUAAGGGCAAGCACUUGCACAUCCCAACCAUGGAGAAUGGGCCUGAAGUCACAACCCGUUUCCUGAAUAAGCUAACUGAUAUCCAGUAUGGAAGAGAAGAGAGCGACUGGGCAAUGGUGGUGCCAUGAAGGUGGCAGAGCCUCCGGACACACCUGACAUCUGAACAGUGACAAAUUCUGUAGCUGCCAGUGUGUAGCAUAGUCCCAGUAUCAAUUUGCUCCCCAGGAUGAUUGUUUCCACAAUCUGGCAAACGUGAACACAAUCGUUUUAAUUUCUACUGUAAUCCUCUUGGUAGAAGCCUGUCUUCUUGGUAGAGGUGCUAAAUGUUAGCAAUAGAACUUUCCCAAUGGUUUUCUUAGUGCCUCCUUAUAUACAGUCUGGAAACUUGUAAAAUGCUCUUCAACUGCUCUUCAGCUUGGUUUGUUUACUGCCUCCACCAACAGAGGAUGUUGCCUGUUAGCUGCCCACAGGGUUCUGUUGACAUUAUUCUGCCUUUUGCUCUGUGUUUGGGAAACAAAAUUAGCCAUACACUCCAUCCUUUCUUACUCUGCUGCUAUGGGAGAUUGCUGAGUUUGCCUAGCCUGUUAGACGCCCGCCUACUCUAUCCAAUAACUUUGUUCUUUAGCCCAAAAUUCUGCAGGAUGGUUCCUGUUGGCCUCUUGCCCUUCCCUCUGUGGGGAUUUGCAGUGCCUGCUAGGGCAGUGCAUUUCUCUCUGAGAGUUGAGUACAUCCUCCUAGGCAUGAUCUAAAAGGCUGUGUCAGGCUUUUUAAAAUGAGAUAAAAGUUCCCCUUUGGCCUAGCAGAGCUGGGCUCUGCAGACACAGUGUUACCUUACAGGUGAGUGUCCAGAAAAAUGAGAUUAGACAACUUUGGCUGUGAAAAUUGAACCAUUCUUCAAAGAAGCCAAACCUUUGGAUUGAGGAGUUUCUUCCAUCACCCACUCACGUAAUUUAGAUCACAAAAAUGUUUUCCUUGUCCCUUUCACAUACUUGCUGUAUCCAGCCUCCAUUGCCACAUGUACUGCAGAAGGGCCUUCCCAUUAAGGAGCAAGCAGUGUUGUCAGCAGAACAUGUCUGGGAGAAAAGAGGCUUCAUUCAAACCCUGAUUUCAUUCUAGUUAAGCUGAUAAUUCAUAGACUGCUGCUUUCUCACAUGCAGCCUUGAUUCUUUGGAAGCAAUACAGAGCAUGUAGCCACAGUUGGGGAAGUAACUUCUGCAAAUGUUCACCAACGACCAUCCUGUAAUAUUUAUUAGCUCUCUCCUUCUGCACACAGCUUUGUUGAACAGCUUUAAGAUACCUCUUGCCAAAAAGGAUAACCAUAUUCUCUAUCAAUGUUCCAAAGUGCUACUUCAGUAUAAAACUGGUGGAACUUUAUUGACACUUUAUUGGAGUCCUAUAAGAAGUAGAAGUGAAACAUUUCUUGUUCUAGUUUGCAGUAGAGAUGCACCAGUAUUAAGGGAAACAUUUAGCACUUUAAUUUUUUUAAGACCAACAGUAUCUCUCUCUUUUGUAGUUACUGGCAUUUGUUAACAUAGUUAAAAAGUAAAAUAUAAUUUCUAGUGGACCAUCCAUGCCUUAUGCAGCUGUUAAAGAGCAGCCUUAUGGCUUCCUGUUCAUUUUUCAUCACAUUCUGAAGACCCCUCCUUAGCCAUCACUUUCUUCUGCUCCCUCAGAUGAUUUUUCCUGUCUUUGACUGCAGCCCAAUCUGAUCGUUUAAUGAAGAACAGUUGAAGGUUCUCUCUGACAAUGUAACUGUUGUUAAAAAUUGAUGGAUAAUUUUUUCUUUAGUCUAAAACUGCAAGCACAAAAUGUUGUUUCACUCAUAGUAGCCAUAGUGUUGUGACAUUUGAAUUUGUAUCCCGUGCUGGUCUUUGUUCAGUAUCUUAUUAUGUGUUAUAAGCUGCUGGUAGUCUUUCCUUUUAUUUAACUAGUAGUCUUUGCUUUUAUUUAAUUAGAUGGCUGGAAUAUGAACAUGGGGAAUAUGUCAAGGUGCAACAUGGGGUAGAGAGUUUUAUCCAAUGAUACCAGUAUUGAAAUUAAAGUGUGCCUUUGACCAGAGUGUGGAGUGGAGCUCUCUGAAGAUUCUGUAAUGAGCAGCCAUUUGUGGCUUACUGGUACUGAAAAAUCUAUUCCUUCCCUUAAGUUCAUCUUUGAUUUAUCAGCAAAUGGAAAAGUAAAAAUAUCCUAAGUUCAGAUGCAUGGCAAAGUGGUUGUGUGAUACCUGAACAUCUCAGCUUUGACAGAGCUGAUAAAUGAUACCACAUAUCAGAAAUCCCCAUGAAGGCCUCAGUAUACCAGCAGCAAUCUAUUCACUAGGCAGAAUGAAUAAGGACCAGUUAGAAAAUUACUUUACUGAAAUGUAAACCUGAAAGUUGUUAAAUUGUUAAAUUGGUUAAGUUGUUAAAUUGGUUGCAAGUUAUUUAACAUGAACCAGGUGGUUUCAUUUGUUGUGUUUUGCACUGUUUCCUGCACUGACCAGACAGACACCUCUGUUUUUUCUGCUAAUGGAGACUCAAAAUAAGGAGAUUUGGUAGUGGAAUGACCCACAGAAAUGAGUGGUCUUUUCUCCCAGGGAAGAAUGAAAACGUGGAGUGGGUGUGUGUUGUUGUCUUUAACAUCUUGGUUUAUUGCCUUGCUCUGUCUGUGUUAUCUCAAGGCCAUGCUUGUUUCCAAGUGGAAUCCAGGGGAAUAGGUUUUAGAUUCUAAACUUUGAAACCUAAAUAAGAGAGCUGACAGAUCAGUAUAGUACAGGAAAUUCUUCUGAUGUUGCCUGCUGUCCUACUCUGAAUUGUGGCAGUGCAUUUUAUCCCAUUAACCAAAGGAAAGAAAUAACAUGUGUAAAUAACAAUCAGUAUUUGGUAUUGCAUUCUCCUUGUUUUUACUUGUAAAAUUUAGGAGGGAGCUGUGGUAUUCCCUGAGCUAGUAACAGAUUGUAAAAGAACAUCUGCACAUCUUUUCUCCAUGUGCCCUAUUUGUUUAAUUGCAACAGAUUUACAUAGAAAGAGUAUGGUACAUCAUAACUAGGCAAUUAUCCAUUCUUCAUCACUUAGUUAUGGUUCUGGUAAUUGAUCAUUUAAGACAUAAGACUGUCUAACAUUAGGAAAAUUUGAAACUGUUAAAAAAAAUCAACAAAUUAAUAUUGUUGUGGGAUAUUAGCAUAAUUGGAUGCGAUUAUUUAAUGUUUAAUUGGGUUGAUCAAAUGAGAUUCAGCCUUUCACAUGCUUAUGUUUUACAAACACUGUACUUUAAAAUGAUAAUACUGAAAUCUAAUUUUCAUAUGUUCUUUCUUCUCUGCAUUCUUUUGAUUAUUAUUUUCAGUAUUGAGCAUGUCCUUAAUCUUAAGUUUGGUUAGCAUGAUUGAUGACUAAGAAAAAAGUCCUUCAAAUAACAGCAUUUUCAUGAAACUGGCAUUUCAUGCAAGUUGUUCUGGUGCCAAGAAUUAUGGCUUCAGCAACUGGCAUUAUUUAACCAGACUGUUAACUGCAGUGAGGGCAAAUUCCUUGAGAAUGGCAGGGACAGAGCCAGGUGAGGAUGCUGAUAAAGGUUCCUGGGGUAGAUAACCUGGUCAGUCCAGAGCAGGGCAAAGCAAACAGAAUUUUUUCUGGGCUAUAGAAAGGAAGAGUGGUAAGACAAAAGCAAGGUAGUGAGAUCUCUCUGCCCAGCCAUUGUUUACACCUGUUCCACUGUCUCGAGCCAAAAUCAGUUAUCAGCCACUCCUCCUCUUUGUACAUAACCUCUUGUUGGGUUUGCCCAAUUCAACACAGAGAUAUCACAGAUCCUUUCCUGUGUAUUAGUUUUAUUAUUUAUCCUCAGGCAUGAGGAAUGGGAAUUUGGAAAAAUGUGAUACUUGAAAGUCAUUUGGAGUGCAAGUUAUUUGAAAUGUCUGUCUUCCAAGAGGUAGACAGAAAAACAGCUGGGACUGAUCUCAGAGCUGCUUAAUUAGAGGAGGAGCCCUCUUGAAUUCAGGGUGGGGUAGAGGAGCUCAGAAGCUUUUCUCAGGUGGUCCUGUCUUGCAGAAACAGAUUUGCUGUCCUACAAUCCAAGUGAUUGAGGUAUGAACAUGGAGUCUUUUAAACUUUGCACCUUUUAUAAAAAUUUUGUUUUUAAUUUUAGAGUUCUGAUGCAGUGUUUGCUGAACUGUUGUCUUACACUAUCACAUUGCAGUAGCUUAAACAUACUUAUUCUUUAUGUAAUCACCUUCUUUGUGUAUGCCAAACCCCCUGGUCGUUGUGACUUGGUCACCACUAGAAUUGUGAUCAUUUUGGGUGACAUAACUGCACCCUGCUUGUGCUAAACUGAGUACUGAGUGCUGGCAGCAAAGACCAGAGCAGUGAGUGGAAAAUCUGCUGUGUCAGGAAGAGGAGCAAGAGGGAAAAUGAAAAUACCCCUCAGGCCAGUGAGGCAGGAGGGCAGCAGCACAUCACAUCCACUCUUGGUGAGUCCACUGAGGGACACCACAGGUCUAGCAGGAUCAGAGACUGAUGUUGGGAUUUAAGUUGGUAUUAAUGCUCUUCACCUGCUCAAACACCUCCAUCUGUGCCUACAUUUUCAGCUUGGGCCCCUAUAUCUUCACUGAAAGCUGCAGCACUUCUAUAUCUUGUAAAACAGUAGAAUAUUUGGUCAAACAGCUGAUGCUCCAAACCGUCUAACAGGUCACUGGUGGAUUCUCUUCCCAUCAUUUGUGUUAAGCCCAGUGGUGGACUGGAGCUGCAAGCAGGAGACAAACACACCAUUAACACCAUUUCCUAGUCCAGAAAGUUCACAAAGGGUGGAUCUGUUCCCUUUGUCUCCUGGACUCACCUUGGCCACUGGGUGACAAAAUGCAGAAAGUUCUUUGCCGUAAUGAGGACAAGUUACAGUUUCAUCUGAAGCUGUUUACAGACCCUUUCUGUUGGAAAGCCAGAAGUCCCAACCUGCUUGAGCUUUGAGGCUUUUAGGAGGGUGCAGAAGUGGUUACUGAAAUUGUAGUGGGAAAUUAGCAGCCUAGGGAGGGAGAAGUAAACACCUCUGAAGGGUCUCUGUUUUCUCACAUGCUGAAAGUUAACUGGGUAUUUUACAAGAAUCUGAAGCAUAUAAAAGCAGUAAAGGACAGAUGUGUGAAAAAGUACUGGAUAAACUAAAGGAAACUCUACCUCAUUCUUCUCUAAAGGUUUUUAGAAGCACAAUUAAGAGCUCCUAAUGGCAUUGUUACGUAGUUAUCAUCUGGCAUGAAAGAAGCACUAUAUUUGUGUGUCUGUACAUCCUGUAAGAACUGUAUUUUGCUGGCAGUAGAAACAGUCUAUACUAUUUGCAGUUUUCCUUCAUCAGAUCUGUAUUCAAAUGUUCUGUAUUCAAAUUCAAUGUUUCUGUCUCCAAUAAAGGAAUUUAAUUGG